GAAGCCACGUAUCGAUUCCUUUGCCGCUGUACGCUCCCUCACCCCCGCUUCUCACGCCACCUCAUUGCCCACCUCUUUUUCUUUCUCUGUCACCCUCUCUCUCUCUCUGCUAUUGCUUCUUCCCAUUCACCACCCCAGCCAACUUCUCAAUCCUUCUCUCCGGCCUUACCCAGGGAGCCGCCGGCCGCGACCAGUCUCCACGCCAUGGUGAAGCUCGCCACGGCUCGAGAGAGCCGGAUGUACGGGCCCCACCCGGUGCGCAACCGGUGGGAGUACAUCAACGCCGGCCUGUACGUCUUCGCCGCCAUCCUCCUCGUCGGCGGGUUCGCGGUCCAGCUCCCGGGGAGCGGUGAAGCUGAGUUCGGUCUCGUGGUUACCCUCGUAGGAUUGGUGCUGGUGGCGGCGGUGAACGUUCAUGACCUCCUCGCCCACUUGGCCGGCAUCGACUACCGCUUCGAGCUCAUGGGUUUCGACGUCCAAUUGGGGCUCGUCGAGUUUGCGGUGCCACUGGUUCAGAUGAUCGGAUCCAUCCUCGUCUUUACCGGGAUUCUUUUCCUCUUCAUGGAGGAAGUUAGAGGAUACAAUUAUCGUUUAGAAAAGCAUGCUCUGAACUUGCUGAUGGCCGGGCCACUGCUAUGGCUUCUCGGUUCGAUCCACAAUGCCUGCCAGGUCUACGAACGGUCUGAUAGCCACACCCAGAUUCUGCAAUCUAGCGUACAGAUGCCAUUCCUCUUGGGAAGCUUCUUAUUCUUGGUGGGUGGCAUCUUCAAUCGCCAUGACAUCUUUGGCUCGAUACACCACAGCAUUAAGUUAAUGGCAAAGAGCUGGAUUUGGUUGAGCGUAUUUGGGAGCUUGCUAUUCCUGAUUGGAGGAAUACUGAAUGUGGUGAAGGUGUUCAAGAUGCAGCAAGCAGAUGGGCUGAGGCUGGAGAAGCUCCGAGGGGGGGCGCAAGAGAGACUAAUUAGAGACAGAGAAGGUAGGGCCCCCCUGAUGUUGGAGGACGAUAGCUAGCUGCGGCAGCCGGCGGCGGCGGCGGCGGAGGUGGUGAGAUCGACCAUGCCGAUUCCCAGACCCUGAGCUUUCAUAACUUUGGUAUAUAUAGUUUCUCAUAUGCUGGCCAACUCUUUGCUUCCCUACCACUAAGCUCUCACAGCUUAAGCCUAGGGAUGACGAGGUGGUGGAAUUUCAUACGUUCCUAAUGCAAAGUUUGAGAAUUGUGUCUUUCUUGAUUCGUAUGUGUGAAUGCUACAAAUUAUUUGAGCACCUUGCUUUGAUUUGUAUAAAGCCUAUUAGAGGUUAUAUUAGAUUGCUUUGGAUUGUAAGAAUAUGCUUCUAAUUUAGUUUGUAUGAAAUAA